AUGCGGGAGUCUACAUUCAUGUUGACCUUGUUGAUUCCUGGCCCAAAAUCACCUGGGAAAGACAUGGAUAUUUACCUUAGACCGUUAGUGGAUGAGCUUAAACAUUUGUGGCACUCAGGUGUACGUACUAAAGACGCAACAACAAACGAAUUCUUCACAAUGAAGGCGGCGUUGUUAUGGACCAUAAACGACUUUCCAGCCCGUAGUAGUCUAUCAGGUUGGAGUGGACAGGGCUACAUGGCAUGCCCGACUUGCAACGAAGACACUCCUUCAAUGCGUGUAACUGGUAAAUGUGUGUAUGUUGGUCAUCGCCGGUUCUUAGAUGCCAACCAUCCAUGGAGAACAAGUCUCGACUUUAACGGGAGACCCGAGACACGAGGCCCUCCGAGACAGUUUAGUCCUGCUGACAUAGAAGCUCAACACGGUCGUCUACUUCAUCGUCUACCAGGGAAGCAUCCAUCUUUUGGAGGUGGGAGGAUAAACCGAGCAGAUUUCGAGCUGAACUGGACCAAACGAAGCAUAUUUUUCGAACUUAAGUAUUGGUCUUCUUUGCAGCUGAAGCACAACUUAGAUGUAAUGCAUAUCGAGAAAAAUGUGUGCGACAGUUUGCUUGGUACUCUCUUAAUGAAUGAGAAGACCAAAGACACACCAAAUACACGAAACGACUUGCAAAAACUAAAUAUCCGGCUGACACAGUGGUUGAAACAAUCGGGUAGCAAGUUCUUAAGUCCCCACCCAAAGUACUCAUUCAAGUCCGAUGAUCGAAAGCUUUUCUGUGAAUUUAUAAAAAAAGUUAAACUACCAGAGGGGUUUGGAUCUAAUAUCAGCAAGAGGGUGACAGAUAACAAUUCUAACAUUACUGGGUUGAAAUCUCAUGACUGUCAUAUUCUCAUGCAACGUUUGAUACCGAUUGGGGUUAGAGGGCUUUUGACAAAAGAUACAUCUACACCAAUGGUAGACCUUUGUAUGUUUUUUAAGCAACUUUGUUCCAGAACACUAUUGGUUGAAAAUAUGAGGAAAGCAAAGGAUGACAUUCUUACCAUCCUAUGCAAGUUAGAGAUGAUCUAUCCUCCGGCAUUUUUUGACAUUAUGGUUCAUUUACUUGUGCAUUUACCUGAUGAAGCGAUUGCGGGAGGUCCAGUAGCUUUCAGAUGGAUGUAUCCAUUUGAAAGGUACAUGAAAAAGCUAAAAAAGUAUGUCAGAAACCCGACAAGGCCGGAAGGUUGUAUAGCUGAAGGUUAUGUGCUUGAAGAAGCUCUAACAUUUUGUUCAAUGUAUGUUCAAGAUGUUCAGACUAAGUUCAAUCGCCCAGAUAGAAACGAGGAUGUCGUUGUUGAAAAAUGUAUGUUUUGGGUGUUUGAGUCUAAAUGUCGUCCGGCAAGCGCAACGAAGAGCAAAUAUCUUUCAACCAUUGAAAAAAGCAAGAUGGAAUGGUUUGUUCUCGAAAACUGCGCAGAAGUCAGGGAGUACAUGAAUGAGUUCAUAUCUACACAUCCCCAAGAUGAUCUUAAAACGAAAUUUCCGGGGUGGUUUCUUAAUAAGGUCCAUUCGAUGAAAACACAAAAUUCUCCAGAAUUUCACCAAGAGUUGUAUGCCCUUUCAAUUGGUGCGAAAAUAAAUGCUGAAACUUACACUGGUUGCAUAGUUAACGGUGUUAGGUUUAUGACACUUGAACGUGAUGCAAAACGCGCAACGGAAAACUCUGGGGUAGAAGUGGCCGGAGAGAACGGUGUGAAAUUUUAUGGCCAAUUAGAAGAAAUUAUUGAGUUGAUUAUACAAAUGGUUAUUCAACUGUCCUAUUUCGGUGCAAGUGCUUUGAUACUCGAAGGGGUGUAA